GUCCUAACUCCUCGACUAGCCGUUCCCGUUCACUUUCUCUCUCUAAAACUAUAUAUACAAAUAUAUAUAGAGAGAGAAAAUGGGGUGGUGGUAUCUGGACAUGUGAUGGAAUAAACUUUUUAGUUUCUCUUUAUUCAUCUGCCUGCCUUUUGCUCUCCCUCUAAUUGCACGUUGUCAGUGUCACUGUCAUAAUUGUUGCUAUUGUUGCUGUUGAGUAGCUAGAUAGGUAGGUAGAGAGAGAAGGAGAAAUUUCUAAAAAGAUUUUUUGGAGAGAGAAGGGGAAAUUGUUUAAUGGGUUCAUCGGGACAAGGGCAGAGCAACUUUGAUCUGUCGUUCAAGAUCUUGCUGAUCGGAGAUUCUGGUGUCGGCAAGAGUAGUCUUCUUGUCAGUUUUAUUUCUAAUGCUGUUGACGAUCUUGCCCCUACAAUAGGUGUGGAUUUUAAGAUCAAAUUGUUCACAGUUGGUGGGAAAAAGUUGAAGCUUACAAUUUGGGACACUGCUGGACAAGAGAGGUUCAGGACAUUGACGAGCUCAUAUUAUAGAGGUGCCCAAGGGAUUGUUCUCGUUUAUGAUGUGACAAGAAGAGACACCUUUACAAAUUUAUCUGAUGUAUGGGCAAAAGAAGUGGAACUUUACUCCACUAAUCAGGAUUGCAUCAAGAUGCUUGUUGGAAACAAAGUAGAUAGAGAAUCCGAACGAGUUGUAAGUAGGGAAGAAGGCAUUUCCCUUGCAAAAGAGUUUGGAUGUAUAUAUCUUGAAUGCAGUGCUAGAACUCGGGAAAAUGUGGAACGAUGUUUUGAAGAGCUGGCCUUAAAGAUAAUGGAGGUGCCAAGUCUUCUUGAAGAAGGAUCUACAGUAGGGAAGAGAAACAUCCUGAAACAGAAACAAGAACAGCAUACACCUCCUGCUGGCAGUUGUUGUUCGUAAAUCACUGCCAAAUCGAGGCCCUGAUGUAAAAGCCAUUGAAAGGCAUUUGUAAUCUCGAGUUCUUCUUCGACAAUCUGUGAUCAAAUUAUGUAAAUGUAAUUUCUUUUAGCUUGUUUUGCUCUGGAUACAUGUGUUCUUGCAAUGGGAUUGUUGGCUAAUAACAUCUGUUAGCUUGUGUAAAUUUGUUGGCACUAUGGUUUUUUAGUCUUCAUUGGUGUUCAUACUUACCCAAGUUGUACUGGAAACAAAAUUGCAUGAUUUUAAUCAGAUCUCUUUGGUUUUUUGCAUCA